AUGGCCGGCGCGGGGCGUCUGCGCGGCGGCCUGGCCUGCUGCUUGCUGGGGCUGCUGGGCGCGGCGGCUUCGCUGAACGGCAGCUCGGAGGAUCGGUGCAAGCGCCCGGCGCCCUGCGAGGCCCUCCGGGAGGGCGCCUGCCUGGGCUCGCCGCUGCCCUACGCCGCCACCUCCACGCUGCUGGCCGGGGACUCCGGCUCGCAGGCGGAGGCGCACGACAAGCUGCUGCUCUGGUCCGGCUUGCGAAAUGCACCACGCUGCUGGGAUGUGAUCCAGCCCCUGUUGUGUGCCGUGUACAUGCCGAAGUGCGAAGAUGGGAAGGUGGAACUGCCCAGCCAGACGCUGUGCCAGGCCACGCGGGGGCCCUGCACCAUCGUGGAACGAGAGAGGGGCUGGCCCGACUUCCUCAAAUGCACCACGGAUCGUUUCCCUGAAGGGUGCCCGAACGAGGUCCAGAACAUCAAAUUCAACAGCUCGGGGCGAUGCGAAGCCCCCCUGGUGCAGACCGACAACCCCAAAAGCUGGUACGAGGACGUGGAAGGUUGCGGGAUCCAGUGCCAGAACCCGCUUUUCACCCACAAGGAACACCGGGAGAUGCACGUCUACAUCGCCGCCUUCAGCUCCGUCACGAUUCUUUGCACCUUUUUCACCCUGGCCACCUUCGUAGCCGACUGGAAGAAUUCGAACCGUUACCCGGCCGUCAUCCUCUUCUACGUCAACGCCUGCUUCUUCAUGGGCAGCAUCGGCUGGCUGGCCCAGUUCAUGGAUGGCGCCCGCAGCGAGAUCGUCUGCCGUGCCGACGGCACCAUGCGCUUGGGGGAGCCCACGGCUGUGAAGGUGGACGGAGAUUCGGUUAGUGGCAUCUGCUUUGUGGGCUACAAAAACUACCACUACCGUGCCGGGUUUGUCCUGGCCCCCAUCGGCCUGGUGUUAAUUAUCGGGGGCUACUUCCUGAUCAAAGGAGUGAUGACGCUCUUCUCCAUCAAAAGCAACCAUCCAGGUCUCCUUAGUGAGAAAGCGGCCAGCAAGAUCAACGAGACCAUGUUACGCCUCGGGAUCUUUGGCUUCUUGGCCUUCGGCUUUGUCUUCAUCACCUUCGGCUGCCAUUUCUACGACUUCUUCAACCAGGCGGAGUGGGAACGCAGCUUCCGAGAAUACUCNUACUUCCACCUGGUGACCUGGUCCGUCCCCUUCGUUCUCACCGUGGCCAUCUUGGCGGUGGCCCAGGUGGACGGAGAUUCGGUUAGUGGCAUCUGCUUUGUGGGCUACAAAAACUACCACUACCGUGCGGGUUUUGUCCUGGCCCCCAUCGGCCUGGUGUUAAUUAUCGGGGGCUACUUCCUGAUCAAAGGAGUGAUGACGCUCUUCUCCAUCAAAAGCAACCAUCCAGGUCUCCUUAGUGAGAAAGCGGCCAGCAAGAUCAACGAGACCAUGUUACGCCUCGGGAUCUUCGGCUUCUUGGCCUUCGGCUUUGUCUUCAUCACCUUCGGCUGCCAUUUCUACGACUUCUUCAACCAGGCGGAGUGGGAACGCAGCUUCCGAGAAUACGUGCUGUGCGAGGCCAACGUGACCAUCGCCACGCAGACCAAGAAGCCGAUCCCGGAUUGUGGGAUCAAGAACCGUCCCAGCCUUCUGGUGGAGAAGAUCAACCUCUUCGCCAUGUUUGGGACGGGCAUCUCCAUGAGCACCUGGGUCUGGACCAAGGCCACCCUGCUCAUCUGGAAGCGCACCUGGGGCAGGCUGACCGGCCAGAGCAGCAACGAGCCGAAACGGCUGAAGAAGAGCAGGAUGAUCGCCAAGGCCUUCUCCCGGCGGAAGGAGCUGCGGCAGAACCCCCAGCAGGAGCUCUCCUUCAGCCUGCGCACCGUCUCGCAUGAGGGGCCGGUCGCUGGUUUGGCGUUUGAUCUCAGCGAGCCGUCGGGAGACAUGUCCUCGGCUUGGGCGCAACAUGUGACCAAGAUGGUGGCCAGGAGAGGCGCCAUUCUCUCUCAGGACGUCUCGGUCACACCGGUCGCCACGCCAGUGCCCCCCGAGGAGAGGGCCAGUCACUGGCUGAUGGAAGGCGAGUUUUCCUCCAGGCGGGCCAAGAAAUCGACCCGGAAGAAGAAGAAGCACAGGAAGAAGAAGGGGGUCAACCCCUCCGGGCCGGCAGCUGAGACCUGCACCCCGAAUUACUUCGCCCCGGGGGUCCCCAGCUCUGUCCCACACCUGCCCCGGCUCCCCAAGGCCAAGUGUUUCGUCGCCAGCCCAGAGCAAGCCCAGGCUUUGGACGACGUCCUUUUGCCUCGAGCGGCCCCCGACUGGAGACCCCGACACCCCCAGCAGCCGGACCACCCUCUGGGCCGACGGCCCCCCGGCAGCUGCAGGCGCGACAACCCACCAGAUCUCAUCAACCACCCCUUUUGUCCCGAUCUCGGGGGUCCCGAGGAAACCGGACCGGAACGUGGAACGUGGCUGGUCCCCGGACGGCAGCCCUCGCAUUUUCGGGGGGCUGCCUUCCCCACUGCCCCCAGGAGCUCAGCUGCUUUGUUCCUGGGCAGUGAUGCCUAUGGGGUGCAGCCGCCUCUGGGCAGGUGGGGUGGGUUGCCCCCCAUCCAUUCCCGGACAAACCUGAUGGACGCCGAGUUGGUGGACCUGGACUCCGACUUUUAG